AUGAGCAUGCGCAUAACUACGCGCGUGAUUAGUGCGCGUGCGCGCGCACACUCAGAUCGUGAACGCCGUCGUCGGUGUGUGUGGGCUGGUUCGCUCAGUCACGAAGUCGGUGCUAAGUGCAGUGAUCGCGAGAUGAGCGUUGCCUCAUCGCGCCACCUCCCCGGCGCUAUUUUGUCUAAUACUUCUAGCAACAGCACAAAAGGAUCACAUGACAUACCUGACUCAUUAAUCAUAACAUCGGUGGUGUUGGGCAGCACAUUUGUCUUUUUCCUGGUUCUGUUUCUCCUCGUCCUCCUCUUCUGCUGGCAUAGGGCUCGCAUACGCAGACAGAUCCGCCGCCUCGUGGGAGAUCUUCCCAGUAACAGCUAUGCCACCAGCAGUCUGAGCCUUGAGCAGAGCCACAGACACAGCAUGAGAUACAGCAGCUUUGGGAAAAGGAGGCCUCCUAUCUUCAUCCUUUAUGCACUUGAGCUGGCAACUUACCAGAAGAUACGUAGGGAGGACUACCCAACAUACAGUCUAGUAUUGGACCUGACAAACAUACUGUAUGCUCUCGACCUCCCAUGCUACCACGACGGAUCAGACUCAUUUCAGAACGACUCUAUUGAAGCUUUCUCCAGUAAAGUCAGCAGAGCAGUGAGAGACGCCAAAGCUGUGGUCGUGGUGUGUUCCGAGGUUCUCACCACUGCAUUUCACGAGGCCAAACGCAAAAGGAGAAACGCUCAGAUGAAAUUUGGAGAGUUUAGUGUUGUGCGAGUCAAAAAGGUGAUGGAAAUGUUCAGGGGAAAGUUUGUUCCAGUUAUACUGACUGGAGGGAGCUCAGUUAGUCCUGAGCUUCAGGGCAAACGCUGCUUCGACCUCCACAACUAUGAGCAGUUUCUGUCGACUGCCAGAGGAUCGGUGAACAGUGUUAGUGUGCAGAGUAAGGACCCUCAGUUUUCAGAGUUCGCUGAACUAGCCCUAGAACUGAAACAGUUGCUGUAUUGA